AUGUCGGGAGAUACUGAGAUAGAUGACCCUGAGGUUUCGGAUGGCGCUUCGGAGAAUGAUUACAGUGAUCAUGAUCAUGAGCCCGACGUUGUAGACAAGGAGGACGACGAUAAUACGGACAUGGCCGAGCAGAAAUUCAGACCUGAUGGUGAUGAGAAUGGACAGGUCGGGGGAUCGACGGUGACAACAAAGCCAAAGUUGGAUCCCAAGGAUCCUCUAAGACCGAGGAGGAAGAAGGCGAGAAGAGCAUGCUUUGCUUGUCAGAGAGCUCACUUGACAUGUGGUGAUGAACGUCCUUGUCAACGAUGUAUCAAGAGAAACCUGGCAGAUGCUUGUCAAGAUGGUGUUAGAAAGAAAGCAAAGUAUCUCCAUGAUGCACCUGCAGAAGCUCUACGACCUGUUCUGGGUCCAAACUACAACCAGGUCAAUAAUACUCGAAGCAAUAACGUGCCAAAUACUACUAGCUCUGCUUCCGACACAUCACCAGGAAUUGGUGGUUUCUUCUCCCAAGCGGAUACAUCACCUUCGUACCCAAUUUUCCCUGCACAGCAGAAUCAAAUGCCGCCUCCUCUACAGUCAAGAUUAUCUUAUGGAAGUCAACAACAAUCACCGUUGUCACCAACAUUCCAAAAUCAAAUCAAUCGACAGUCGUCAAUGCAAAGUUUGGGAGUACCCCAAGUUACCAACCAGGAUGCCCAAGCUGCAUUUGGCGGAGCGCUAUUUGACCCCAGUAAUCCUGCGUUAUUCAACUUCGACUUGGAAGGGUUGAACUUUGGCAAUCAUUAUGGUGCGUUGGAGUUUGGCAUGUUGGGACACAUGUCUUCUGGAGCCGCGGAAACCCCACCCAAGGACACGACCGGCUCUAUCUCGUCACAGGGCAUGGGCGAUGUCAGCUUCAAUGGCGGCGUGUAUGGUAACAACAUGGGUUCAUUCUCGCAGAUGUAUGGCCAAGACAUGCUACAGGACUACUCUGGUAUUGAUCGCCAGAACACCAUGUUCGGGAUGAAUCCUGGACUACCACAUGCCUAUGCAAUCGGUGCUGGAACAAGCCAUCACAGCCCAAGUACAGACGCAAGUCCAGGAGCAAGUGGUAUGGGAUUUGAGAGUUCACCUACUGCAACAAGUUACACUCCGAAUGUCACCUCGCAUCAAUCUUCUGCCGCACAACGACCAGCUAAAAGGCAAGAUACGAAAUCUACAGCUGGCAAGUUUGGUCCUACUUCUGUUCUGGGGAAACGAAACCGAGACCCGUCUUCAAUCUACGAUACAGUUCACGAGCCGUAUUCCUAUACUACAGGUUUUCACAGCUUGACUGCGUUCCUCCAGCGUCGCUUCUCUGCGAACAAGACUCUACGCAUUGCCAAAUCUCUAGCUUCUAUCCGUCCUUCAUUUAUAUCUUGCACGAAGACGCUAAACCGACAGGAUUUGAUCUUCAUGGAGAAAUGCUUUCAGAGAACGCUGUUUGAGUACGAAGAUUUUAUGCUGAACUGUUGUACGCCAACUCUCGUAUGUCGGCGAACAGGCGAAGUGGCAGCCGUGAAUAAAGAGUUCACGCUGCUGACUGGCUGGAAGAAGGAUGUACUACUAGGCAAGGCGCCAAAUCUCAACAUCAACACUGGCCGUAGUAGUACAGAUACUUCUGGUCCAGCAAGUCUCACCAAUACCGGACGAGCAGGUCUCUCAACCCCAAGAAUGCGGCCGCUAAAUCUUGCCGACCAACAAGGCAAAGAUGGCAGACCUCAACCUGUGUUCUUGGCCGAGUUACUUGACGACGACAGCGUCAUCGAAUUCUACGAGGACUUCGCACGACUGGCCUUUGGAGAUAGUAGAGGCAGUGUAACUACUCGAUGCAAGUUGCUUAAGUAUCAGACGAAGGAUGGUCUCGAAUCUCCUGAGCAGAAAGACGAAACCACGAUCAAAACCAAGCGAGAGAUUAGUGGCGGCAUUGGCGGCCUAGGGAACCGAGUGAGAGAAAUCGAUGGUGAACAUGGCAUUGAGCGUUUACAUCGUGACGGCAAGCUGGAUUGUACUUAUUGUUGGACCGUGAAGAGAGAUGUGUUUGAUAUCCCCAUGCUGAUUGUUAUGAACUUUCUGCCUUGCAUCUAA